GGCAGUGGUGGUGAACGAUCGUGUCAGAGGGCAAUGGAUGAAGUUAGUCAGUCGGCGUUCGCUCGCGCCGCCACCCACGAUGGAGGUUCAUCCGUCGUGCCUUUGUUCCGGGGGUCCUCUCCGCUAAUCGCGAACCAGUCGAAAUGUAGCUUUCGUGGGUCUAUUCGAGAAUCGGAAUGUCAGGAUCCGGUAAGUCGGCGAGACCGAUCAGGCAAUUGUCUCUGCAACCACCUGCACCUCGUCGACAACAGAUCAGGCGGCAACGAUCCGCCGAGGAUGACAAAUCGCUGCAGAUCUGUGCGAGUCCUCUUGCACAUGGGAAACACGGUACCGGUAAACUUGGUUUCGAGAAACCCAAGGUGCGCGUCGCAUGGAGCGAAAAUCGCCGGAAGAAUGAGAAGGAAUUUGAGCAAGUGGAAGUGGUAGCUCGUCAAAUCCCUGGACGCUCCAGGCCAGCAACCGGGAAGUCCAGGGGUUACGUUGGCAUCGAGAAACCACCUAUCCUAUGUUCCAGACAGGAGCUCGCAGAAAGAUUAAGACAAGCUUGGAAGCAUCGCGAGGAAAACAAAACCAAUAUUAACAUAUUCUUAGCUCACGGUACCGUGGAAAAGAGAUGCGACUCGGCGAUGUCCAGCCACGCGUCCACCGCCAUUCCAUCGCCACUAUUGAUGAAAAACAAUGGGAACGAAGCACAGAUUCCUGAUGAUUGUACAACGAUGCGGAGAAAGCAAGCAGGGGAAUCAAAAACUCGGACAAACUUCGAUGGAGAUUACGUGAAAAGAGAAGACGAUACUGUUAAGGCGAACGUAGUUCCAAUAAAUAAUGAGUCAUCGGUGAAAAAAUGUGGAGACGAAUUGUCUGAUUUCACGGAGUCGAGCGACAAGACUCGAAAGAUUACGGAGCUAAGGGAAAAUGAAGAUUACGAGGCUGCGAAGCUUGAGGGACCAAGGGAGAGUGAUUUGAGAGAAAUAGAGGAAGAUCUAAUAUCGGGAGGCUUAAAUAUCGAUAACUGUCCCAAUUCCUCCAAGACCAAAAAGGAGACAUCAAUGACCGUCAACUGUUUCUCGACAUUACCAUCGAUCAAAAUCGAGAAUUCACCAUCAUUGAUUGUGAAAAUGAAGGAUGAUUUCUCAUCUGCGAAGCAUAAACGCGCGAGUUUCCACAGGGGCGCAAACAGGGCGUUCCUCGACCCGAUGCGAUCGUCGAUCGAGUACAAAUGGAAUUCAAUAGCAGAAAAAGUUGUGUCUUCCAAGAUUAUCGUAGACGUUAAAACCGAGAAAGAAGCACAAAUCAUGGAAACAACAGAAGUUAUUUCGAACGAUAAGAUAGUGAUCUUGGACGGUCAGUCGGAGUUCAAGUGCGCGGAAAUUGUCCAGAAAAUCGCAACAGAAACGAGUUCAACAACUGCGAAAAAUAUGAGUACUAAACCUACAAUUGAAAACAAGGAUCUACCGACAGACAACGAAACGAUACAGAAAACAAAUGACGGCAAUAAAGUGGCUUUUUCAACAAUUAAAAGAGCUACCACAGCUGGCGCAGAAAAUAAAGACGACUCCGUGAUCGAGAAAGGUACGUUAACGAGGCAAACAUCGGAAGUCAGGUGUGGCUUGGUGAACGAGAGGCAUCCGCUAUCAAAGACGAAAGAGGGUCAGAGGAUUGAACAAAAGUCGAGGAGAACCAAUUCGGCUCCGCCGCAAAGGCAACUGGGAAACAUUCCGAAUAGUCGAGUGCAGGUGAACAUCGUGAUCGACACGCCGAGUUCGAUAAGCUCCGCUAAGAAUAGCAACAAAGAAAAGUCAAGCAUAGAUAAUAAAGAUAGCACAUCUGAAGGAACAGACGCGACUCCAACGAAGGUAUCGUCGCAACGGGCGGUGAGAUCAGCACCCUCGAAGAGACGCUCCAGGAGCGUAAAAAAACGUUUUUGCGGUACUGGAUCUUACAAAAAUGAGGAAGAGGGGAAAUCCCGAAAUCGAUCGACCGGCCGGGGGAAGAACUCGAUCGAUUCCAGGACUAUUGAUAUCGUUACAAUGGUGUCUCUUGUCAGCUCCGCAGACAGCGAUAGCGAUACCGAGAAUUCGCUCAGGGAUGAUAAAUUAAUCGACGAGUUACGUAGCAAACUACCCACCACAUCGAUCAUCAAAACGUCGAUGAAUACUGCCUCGAGUAUCGCUAGGAAGCCCAUUAAGUCAGUUUCCUUUCAGAGGGACUCAUUCGACGAGGAUCCGCCAAAAGAGCAACAACCCCAGGUGAGGGAGGAGAAAAAAGCAACACAGCCCCGGCUCGCGAUCGUUAACCACCGUGGAAACGGCUGUGGCCUGUCGACCGAGGAAACGCUGCCUUGGAGAACAGACAUCCCCGGCUUGGCCCUGCCUGUCCUCGCAUUGAUUCACGAUGCCGAGGAGGCCCACGACGUCCCGUUGACUGAUCGCGAAAAGAGAUGCCUGGCUGUGCCUAUCGGAAAUUUACACGACAAAAAGCGAAAGCUUCUCAAGACACGGAGCACACCGUCACGAUCAGAAAUGGAGAAACAUAUGAUGUCGCCGAAAAUAAAAGUACAAGAAUCGCCAAGAAUCGUUCCGCAGAAAAUAGAAAAUUUUACACAGCGUACGAAAAAUUCCGGCAACAGUUCUCCGGGAGAUGUGAAACAUACAUUUACAACGGCUUCAAAGGAGAUCGUUCAACAAGUACAGCUAGCACCCACAGAACCGCAGUUUCAAACCAAUAAAGAGAAGGAAUGUUGGCAUCUUUAUCGGAAAAUGUGUGAUAAAGGAGUUUGCGUGUCUUUUGACACUGUUCUAAGAGGUAUGCUUACACCGACAGAAUAUCGAUUAAGGCAGAAAGAACUAUUCCAGGGCUCAUAACAAACCACAGAAUUAUAGGAUGAUCACUUCAUCUACUCGUACAAGUUCCUCAUGGUGCUCGUGUAAUAAACCGAUACUACAUUUAUUCAAAUACUUCGUAUAGUAUGAAUGCGUUUACCUUACCAGUAACGCCGAAGUAUGUUCCAAAACGAAAAUGGUACUCAAUAACAAAUGUGAAUAGCGAUCUGAGCUCGUAGAGAAAAAUAUAGCCCAGUAUUGUAUUCUCAGAUUCUAGAUGCGAGUUGUAUAGGACACGUGAAAAGACUUUACAUCCUUAACGAACAAAAUAUCCGAAUUAGAUCUACCGAGUUUUAGAACGUACAUAUACCUACAUACUGACUGCCUAUUUUUUAGACCAUUUACUGACACAAAAUCUACUACAGUACCAUAAAAAUUAAUCUAGUCUUACGAAGAAACAAUACGAUACGAACUUGAUAGAUGUUGCUGUUAAUUAUUGCACAGUUUGAAAUAUUUAAGAGUCGAACGGCACCCUGAAUAUUUUAGAUAA